AUGACUUGGUUGCUUCAUGAAACAGUUGUCAAUCCACAAGGAGUUGAACAUUCUAUUAUUGCUAAAUUUACUGGUAAAUAUGAACAAUUAAUCACAAGUAUUCGUAAUCAAUUUGUAUGUUAUGACAUUACUCCUCAAGGACUUCAAGUUCGUUGUAAAGAAGUUACAGAAGCAAAUAUUGUUCAAAUAGGAAAUGUAGAAGUAAAUCAUGUAAUGAUGUUAGUUUUAUUAUUUAAAGAAGCUAAAGUGUCAAUACUGAGAUAUGAUGAAACAAACAAUAAAUUUGUUAUUCAUUCGUUACAUUGUUUUGAACUUCCUCUAAAAAGAAUGCAAGAAGGAUUGACACCAACAACAUAUACUAACCCAAGAUUAUUAAUUGAUAAACGAGGGAGGUGUAUUAGUUUAAUUUGUUAUGAUAGAUUGAUGUGGGUUAUUCCAUUAGGAUUUGAUAAAACAUCAUAUUCUAUUAAUUUAGAGAAAUUUGGGAUUAAUAGAAUUAUUGAUUGUAUUGUUUUAGAUGGGUAUGAUUUACCUUCGGUGGCUUUUCUUCAUAUGAAAAUACCAACAUGGGAAGGACGAAUAGUAAAUACAGGAGAAACAACUAAUGAGAUUAUUGUAUUAUCAUUAGAACCAGAUGUUAUUCACGAAAAACAAGAUAUUGUUGCAACAGUAUCAUAUCAAUUUUCAUAUGUUCCUUAUAAUGCAUUACAAAUUGUAGAUUGUUAUCCAACAAAUGGAAUUCUUAUAUUAACAAUAAAUAGUAUUAUUUAUUUAUCAACAACAUCGUUUGAAUCAUUUAUUCUUCCAUUUGGAAAGUUUUUUGUAAUACCAAAAAAUAACAACCGACCAUUAUCUUCAUUCCAAAUUCUUCAAAUGCAAACAAAAAUUAUGAAUUCAGUUAAAUCAAUAUUUAAAUUAACGAAUCAUCUUUAUAUUAUAUUUUCUAUGAAUGGAGAAAGUUAUUAUGUUCAUUUACUUUCUAUUGCAAAUAGAAUCUGUGAUGUUAUAAUUACUAAUUCACCAUAUAAAUAUCAUCCAACUACUUUUACUAUUUCUUCAAAUCAUUUAUUUAUUGGAAGUACAGUUCAUGAUAGUUAUAUUUAUAAUUAUGAAAUUGUUGAAUAUGGAAAAGGUAAACAACAUGAAAUAUCUCAACAUAUUAACCAAGAAAUUCGUUCAAAAAAUUUAUUAUUUAGACAUAAUGAAAUGGAAGAAGAAUAUCCUUUUGAUGAACCUCAACCAGUUUCUAUUCCACAAGAAUUAACAGUUGAAUUCCCACAAUUAGAUUAUAUUGUUUCUAUUUUAUCAUAUAAAAAUAAAUUGUUUGUUACAGUAUCAUUUACUACUGUAUUAGAUACACCUGAUUGCCCACCUCAAUUACCUCAUUCAAGUAAUAAUCAACAAGAAGAACCACCAGUAUUAGAAGCACAACCAUUAAAUUCAGAUGUAUUAUUAGAACGUUACAGAAUAAUAAAUUUAACAACAAAUGAUUAUUAUGAAUUUAAAAAAGGUCAAUUUAUUUGUACAGCAAAAUUAUUAAAAUUUAAAGUUGGAAAACAACUUAAAAAUUAUUUAGUUGUUGGAGUUAAUAAACAAACAACAGAAGAUAAUCCUGUUAAAGGAAAAACAUAUAUUUUUAAUAUAGAAAAUCAAAUUCAAUUAAUUAAUAAAAUUGGAGAUGGCAAAAAAUCAGUUCAUGCAGUUAAUGAAAUUGGUGGAUUUCUUGCAGUAGCAUCAGGAAAUGAAUUAGAAUUAAUUGAACGAGUAGAUGAAACAAGAUGGAUAAAGAAAUGUUUUAGUGAUAUUUCUAUAUUAAUUAAUUCAAUUGAAUAUCUUCCAUUAAAAGUAAUGGAAAAAGGAAAUGAAAAAGAAUGUUAUUUAAUAUUAUUAAGUGAUUUUUAUAGAUCAGUAGUAUUAUUACUAUUUAAACCAUAUGAUUAUACUGUUAUACCUUUAGGUAAAGAUGCAAGAAAUAUUCAUUGCAUUGAUUCAACUUUUAUAAUAACAAAAGAUUAUUUCUCAGUACUUGAAUUUGAUUCUGAACAAAAUUUAAGUUUAUUAAAUUAUAGUUCAGCUGCAACAGAACAAUUAUCAAUAUUUGAAAUUGAUGCUACAUUUAAUCUUGGAAUGAAUUUAUUAAAGUUUACAAGAUUAUGGAAUGGAAAAGGAUAUAUUUAUAUGUAUGUAACUGUUGAAGGAAGUGUUGGUUAUAUUUCAGUUGUUGAAGAAAAAAUAUAUCAAGUGUUAAGACAAAUUAAUAUAAAAAUGAAUAGAGAACCAUGGCAUUUUGCAGGAACAAAUGCAGAAGAAUAUAGAUUUGAAAAAGGAUAUGGAAUGGGAUUUGGAACAAGAAAACAUGUAUUUUUAGAUGGAGAUAUGUUAAAGCAAUUUAGAUUAUUAAAUGAAGAACAACAAAAAAGAGUCUGUUUAAGAAAUACAUCAAUUAAUGAUGUAUUUAAAUUACUUUCAACAGGAUUACAAUAUAAUACAUUUUUACAAUAUAAUAAUUGA